CUCCAACAGUGGAGUCUGUGUAUUAUUUUGUAAAAAUGUCUAUAGGUGGAAAAGUCUUGUCUUUAGUAUGAUUUUAACUUAGUUACAUCUUCACUUUCGCUGGAAUAGUGGACUGACCUCCACAAUCUGUGUAGUACUAGAGCUUAUACAGCUACACCAUGGAAACUGAGUAUUCUAAAGGAAUAUAUCAAGGGGUUAGAGUCAAGCACACAGUGAAAGAUCUACUGGCAGAAAAACGACAAAGACUAACUAAUGGACCAGAACAUAGUGGAGGAACAUCCAGCCAAUCAUCAUUUGUACAAAUGCCAGGGUCUCAUAUGAUCCCUGGUUACUACGGCAUGAGACGACCAUUCAUCUCUGACUCCGAAUUCUCCUCUGAGAUCUACUCAACACCAUUUGGGAGCAAGCCAGUGGGCUGUGACUCUUCAGCCACGUCAGGCUACACCUCCCUCACAGACAGCUACUACCCAGAAACAUUAAGAGACUACUGCAGUGCAGCUUUCACCACUGGAGGGAACCCCAUCUUCCCCAGCUCAGCACUGUCCACUCUGCUGCCACAUUUCCAUGGAGAGUCCCCACAGUUUCUCCUGAGAGACUCACAGGAACAAACAGUGGCACACCCCGAAACCCAGGGAGAAGGCCUGUGUGCUGAUGGCCUAAACUCUGUGACGUCUGUUCCAGCCUCCCUGCCCAGCCCCGACCCUCCCUCACAAUAUAACCCCCGCAGUCGCAGCUCCUCCAUGGGGUCAGUGCAGCCCUGCUAUGUUCACCCUCUGGAAGAAGGACACUACCACACCACUUACCCUGCUACCUGCACAUUCACAUGCCCUCCGUAUGUGACUGUCUCCAGCAACCCAGCCUGCAAGAUUGCUCCUCUUGCUACUGAGGGUUCGGACAGUUCCCUCCCUACUCAUAGUCACCCACUCACUCACACUCACUUGUGGGCAAAAGAAGAUGGUGGAAGCUCUUGGUCACCGUAUGAGAUUCGGAGGUCCUAUUAAGUUUCAAGCUGUCAAUGACAGAAACCAAAAGCAAUGCUUAUGCAAGAAACUGAGCUCCGUGUCAUCCACAGAUUUGACUUUGUAUUCUUUGCUCAUUUCUUCACAUUACUAACUGGACAUUUGACUAAUUUGACUCUCCUGAAUCCUAAAAUGUGGAAUAUCUUAUAACCAGCCAUUCCAUGGGCACGUUACAAUGUAAAGGAACAUUUAUGAUUCUGCGGAUUGACCUAGAAUGACUGCCUGUCUGUAAAUGUUUGAAAUAUAGAUGUUUAGAGUUUCAUUCCAAAACACAAUAUAUAUAUAUUUUCAAAUGCACUGAGUAAAGAAUUAUUGAAAAAAAAUAAUCACUAUCUAACCAUGUCAUUGUUACAGACAGGUAUUUGUUUUAAACUAUAUCACUUUAUUAUGGGUUUCAUUUCAGAGAGACACAGUCUUAAAAACAUAUUUGUAAAAUGCUCUUUGCCUUAAUCUCAGAGGGGCUAUUAGGAAGCUAGAGAGCAGAGAGGUUUUCAUCUGAAGAGUGGGCCAAUAUCGCAAUAAAGAUGUGCUGGAAGCUGACUGACGCUUACAAUAACUUUUUAAGUGCAGUUAUCUUUGUCAAAGGAUGUCUAACCCAAUAUUUGGUCUUCCAUGCAAUUUACAUUGCAGUCCUGUCAGCUCUAAAAGAUUAAACAUAUAAUAUAGCCUUUCUUAUGCAUUUUCUCCCAUUUCAGGGGACCUAAAGUAAUUGGAUAAAUAAACCAAACAUACCUCUCAGGAAUUAAAUUAAUAUGUAAUUAUUUUGUAAAGGGCAAUUAGGUUCAGUAUGAACAUAAAUGGAUGCAAUUACAGUCGCUCUCAACACAUCCCCAGUGCUAUUGGUCCAGCUUCUCCAAUUUCCCACUUUGUGCAGGUGGUGACAGUUAAAGCUAAUGAGAUUAAAGUAUAUAGGAGCUUUUACUUACAAGCAAUGUUAAAAUAUUUUUACAUUAUUAUGUACUAUUACUAUUUUUAUUCAGCUGUGAACUAUGUGACCAAGGACACAUUUUUUUUCAUUUAGAAAUGGGAUAUUUCCGUUUUUUUUAUUGUAAGUACCUAUUUUACAAAAUAAUUUAAUGUGACUUGGCUAGUCACUCAGGUGUUCAAUAAAUAAAUUCAAUCUAACAACAUCCAUUUCAAAAUACUACAUUUUUGAGGUGUUAUUCUUUAAUUGACACCUUGUGUUUGCCAAGCCUUUUGUUAAUUGUCGUGCAUCAUGUCAACAAUACGCGACUAUUGACCGUAAAGACAAUCAGUCAUUUAUAGAUUAUUGGAAAAUUAAAAAUAAUAAUCUGAUGCUUUGGUAAUUAAUUUGUAUAUGUGUAUUUUAAUGUGGCCACUUGUUUCAAAGUUGUUACAAGCUUUUGCAACAUAUGUGUUGAAUAAUGAAAAGAUGAUGAGAGAUGACACUUCAGACAAUAUUUCGGUACAUAACGAAACGUUGAUGGGAAUCUACCUACAUUGGAAGACAUGCCAAGAACUGAAUUGGUCAGCGCUUGUUUCCUGUGUUCGCUUUUACGGUUUUUCACAAACGCGAACACACAAAAAUUGGCAGAUUAUUAUUCAUAAUUUAAAACCAAAUUAGCAUAUGAUCCGAUCUACAAACCUUUGUUGAGGCGUAAACCAACUAACAAGUAAGGGUUGAAUUGGGAGCUGAGUUCCUGCACAUAUGGUAGAAAUGAAACCUAGGGGGAGCUGAGUGCCUGUAGCCACUUCCACUGGUUAGCAGUUUAAAACUUCAGAUGCAUAAUUAUUAAACUAGCCAUCAGAAUGCUGGAAUGAAUAAAAACGUCCACAUGUAAGCUAACCUGUGUUUACGAACAAUGUAUAAUGUGAGUAGUGUGACGAGGGACAUGAUCGCUAAUGACAGCUGUGAAACUCUACUUGACCCUGUUCUUGUACCUGCUAUGACAAUGGGGAAACUGAGCUAAGAGUAGGCUACAGGCAAACGUGUCGUUCCAACUAUGGCGUCAACUGUCUGGACUUUCAGAAAUGAAAAUAGGUUACUUACUGUAAAUGAAUCUGAAUACACUGCUGACCGCCUUGUUUUCUGUACAAUCGGCAUAAUUAAAUGAUUAUUAAAUGACUUAUUAUUUUUUAAUCACACGUUGAAACAAAGGGAUCGCCUACAUAACCUACACUAGAUGGCGUGGUUGUUUCAUGAGUUCUCUAUUCUCAGGGUUUCUAACAUCAAUGUUAAAAAACGGCACCACAGAAAAUGACUAAGAAGCAAAACCAUGGAUCUUAUUUUCUUAGCGGUUACGUUAAUAGGCCUUGGUUUAGGAAUGGUGAAAGUUCGUCAAGUCUCCUACACAGGUCCCUGAACUGUGUUGAAGGGCUAUUGAACAACUUGACAGGGAUAAUGGCUACACAAAUCAGGAAAGGACAUAUAUUGUAUUGAUCAUGUAGUAUGUACAUUUUCUUAAUAGAUUAAUAAUAAUAUAUUGUUACCAAAAAAGUUAAAUCAAGGCUAUUUUCUAUAAACAGAUAUUUUCUUAUUAUUUGGUAAUAUGCUUGGACAUUUUUAUUAAACUGUAAUGUGGACAAACAAUGACAAUGAACACUUCCAUGGAACUGGUUCCUAUGAUCACGUUUUCCUAAAAGAUUUGUGUGAAAAUUACCGGCUGACAAUAUGUUCUUCGCUAACAAGUCUUCAGACAAAACGUUAUAGAUCUUCUGAAAAUCUCUAGAUUUUUUAGAGUUGAUCUGAUUGGGGAAAACACCAAUUAGUAGACUUGUAUCAUAAUUGGGCUGCCAGUCUAAACAAAGCCUCAUUGAAAACAAAUACAAAUAAAUAAAUUCAUUUCUAAAAGGUUGUUUCCAUUUUUGUGAUGCUCUAGACAAUAAAGUUGCCCAGCACUGCAAUGUCAUAAGAUUUGACGUGAGAAUGGCUAAACACGUACUUUUUAAAUAUUUGUUUUAAUAUUGCAUAUAAUUAACGUAACUUAGUAAUGCUAAACAGCAACAAUCCAAUUUGGUAACUCGUGGAUUGAGUGAGCUUCAGUGAUGGAGAAGCCUGCACUUGCUGUGGGAGCAAUGGAGUCAGUGACGGCAUGCCACGCCCACAACAUAGACCUUUUGGUUUAUUGUUUAAUUUAAGACUACAAUUAUAUUGUGAUAACGUGUUGAUGCGGUUAGGCACCCAGAAAUAUAUAUGAUCUGCCGUGCAUGAUUGUUGGUGAUGUUUAGAUUAAACAUAUUGCGGUUCCUUUGCAGUAAAGUGCUUCAUUAUGAAGGGGGGCCGAUGGACUGGUUGGCAAAAGAUGGAUAAAAUGUUUAAAAUAUCAAUUUAUUUUUGGUUUGGAUAUAAAUUAGUAUUACAUUCUAUUAAAGUGGGGUUUAUUUUAAGUGCAUAUAUAUUGAUUUAUACGGAAAAAUUGGUAUUUUUGAGUAGCCUUUGAAUAUUCAAAUUGAAAGUAACGCGCAAUCAAAUCAUUGUCAAAUCAUUGAGUUCUAGGGCUUUUAAAAAGUAGGCAUGGAGAGAAAAUUUCACAAACUAAUAUAUCCCUAGCUAUAUUAGGAUAUUAUUGUAUGCUCUGAGACCGAUUUAAGACUUGUAUGUUGAUAAUUUGUGUGACUUUUAUGAAUAUUUCGUUAUAGGCCAUAUAACUGAGCCAGAAAAGGACAUUGUUGAAUCUCAUUGCAGGGCUUCUUCCAGGACUCUUUCUUCAUUUUUCCAACAUGUCUGCCGAUAAGCCAAAGGUCUACCAGGGCGUACGGGUGAAGACUACGGUUAAAGAGCUGCUGCAACAGCGGAGAGCUCUCCAGACCGCAAUUAAAACAGUUAGAAUGAAAUCCCAGAGCAUUGCGAGUCAGAAUGUUUGCGUCUCCUCCUCCUUGCCGGGACAUUAUAUUGAUGCUUUCCCUGAAGUGAUGGAUUCCAAAGACUGCUUUAAUCUGCGGGCCUUUCCAGACACCAGCGUCCAGGUGGAGCGCUUUGAUAAUCAACAAUUGAUAAGCAUGGCGAUGCCUAACGAGACCUACAGCAGCGGUAUUAUGCAUCCAACUACCUCAACACAGCACUGGCCCCAGGAACAUCACUCCCCGAUAAUGGACUAUUAUGGUCAUGGCAUGCCUCCGAGCUCACCAUCAGAUUCCCUGAAUGUGCAAAGUCCGUUUGAUUACAAUAGUUAUUCACCACAAGAAUCUUACUCUUCCUCUUCUUCGUGUUACAACUCUCCGUCAAGGAUGGACUCAAGUUAUGGUUUUGUCCCAGAGCACUACCAUUACCAUAACUGUAACCUCCAGCACUGUUAUUGCCUGUCCCAUUGGUCGGGUACCCAGGAGAGCAUCUCCACUCCAGAAUACGCACCCUAUGGAACAACAGAUUCGCCUGUGGAGGACAGUUACUUCAGACGAGAUUUCUCAAGUUCAGAGAUGUGCUACAUUUGAAGAUCCAAACAGCCUUUAUUUACAGUGUGACUAUAGCAUAACAGUGAAAUCAUUGUAAACGUGGGCAUUUGUAAUACUUGUUUUGAGAAUAUGGCCUGCUUCGCAUUUCAUAUUGUUUAGGUUAUGUCAAAGUUCCCGCAGAUGUUCAGGUUUUUAGUCUAUAUGGAAGAAUUAUCCUAGAUGACAAAUGUUGAAUAUGUAGUUGGGCUCGUACUUCUUAAGUUAGUUAUUGACUGUGAUUGACAAAUUUGUUUAUAUUUUUUAUAAUAAUAAUUUAGCUUUUUUACCUGACAGUAUAUUUUUCUUAUUGAUGCGUUUUGUAAUUUAAUAAAUAGGCUAUACCCAA